AAGGCCAAAGCAAUUAAGCAAGUCUGUUUGUUAUGCCAAAAGCAUUUCUUUUAAAGCCCCUCCACCAACACCGGCCACCUUCCUGUCCUAAACUUCUUUUCAUCCACUUCUCUCUGUAUUUCUCUUCUUAUAUCAUUCCAUAGAACACACACAAAAUUUCUCCGUUCAAAUCUCACCGCCGCUGAUCACUCGUUACCGGAGUCCUCUACGUGUGCACCGGAUCAUAAUUCUUCGUUUACGGAAGUUAAAAUGGAACGGAGCACGAGUUAACUUAUCGGAUCAGCGGAAACAUGUAAAGAACUCAUGUAUCAUGUAACAAUAAUUGCUGAUAUUAUUUUUAUAUAUUCUGUCUGAAGCUAAUUCGAGAUCCUGCAUCAGAAAAGCUUGAGAAUCAAUGGCAUCGACUCUGAAUUCGAAUCCAGUAACGACAUCUCCACGAGAAUCUUCGCGAAAAAAGAAAAAGAAGAGAGGCCAGCUCAAAGCCUCAUCUCAAAGCCCUGAAAACAAUCAAAUUUCAUGGAAAUCAGAAACUCAGCAGCAGCUCUACUCUUCUAAACUCGUCCAGGCUCUCCGCCAGGUUCGCCUCGACUCGUCUUCAGCCUCCGUGCCAAGCCGGAGUCGAGCUGUUCGCGAUACUGCUUAUCGGGUCCUGGCUACUACUGCCAAAGGGAAAACCAGGUGGAGCCGAGCAAUUCUCACUAACAGGCUCAAGCUCAAGUUUCUGAAGAAGGCUAAAAGACAUAGAGUACCAAUUGCUGAUCGUAGAUCAGCAAAGAAGCCGAAAGUGAGCAUACUGAAGCUGAAAUCGAAGAAUUUACCAGCUGUGCAGAGAAAAGCUAAGGCCCUCGGGCGGUUAGUGCCUGGCUGUAGAAAAGAGCCCUUCCCGGUUGUUUUAGAAGAAACGGCUGAUUACAUUGUUGCGUUGGAGAUGCAAAUUCGCGCUAUGGCUGCGUUAGCUGAUCUUCUUUCGGGUGGUGGCUCGAGUUCUGGAGCCAGUUCUAGCACACAGCCUCAGCUUGAUCAGAACAUGGAUGAAUCAAGUUCUUGAUGCUGUGUCCUUAUUCUUACUUUUAAUUUUUUUUACUAUUAUUUAUCUGCUAUUAUCCAAAUUAAAACAUUUUACUGUUUA